AUGAAUCCUUUGUGUAGGCGACCUUGGCUCAAAAUUGCAGUGCUUCUGUGCGUCGUCGGAAUCAUAUUGGAAUGCAAAUUCCUCCGGCGUAUAGUUCACUUUGCAAACAGAAAGAUAUUAUCCCAAACUUAUAAUUCUCAUCUAAGAAGCCCCUAUAUGCUUAGCAUUCAGACGGACAAAGCCCACGAAUUGGAGCUGAGCGAUCAAGGUUAUGUUGCAGCAGUUUAUUACUCAAAUUGGUCGCCAUAUCCACCUAGAAACCAUUUCCCGCAUGAAAUUGACUUCCGACAAAUAACGCAUGUUUUUUACUCGUUCUUCUUGGUGGAUCCCAAGUCAGGACAGUGUAAAUCCAGCGAUGAAUAUUCGGACUCACAAUUGGAUGUUUAUAAGCAAAUGACACACUCUUUCCACAAACUUGAUUUUGCAAAAACUUUCGAUCGCGCUAACGACUCAAAUUCGAGCUCCAGUGCUCAAUUGCCGCAAGGGUGUAUUGGGGAACUUUUUUAUUUGAAGUACACCCACUUUCUACCCUCUCAGGGCGGUCCUGCCGGAGUAAACAAUUUUAAAACUGUAAUGUCAGUUGGUGGCUGGUCCAACCGCGACGCUUUUGAAGCGCUAGUAAAGGAUUCGGCGAAAUUAAAUGUGUUUGUUGAGAGCUGUGUCGACAACAUGUUCAAGUACGGUUUCGACGGCAUCGACAUUGAUUGGGAAUUUCCUAAAAACGAUUCGCGAGAGCCUGUGGUGUUUUUGGAAAUGAUGAAAGCGUUGCGGUCUAAGCUCCUCGAGCUUGAAGACGCUAUAUUUGGAUCUGCGCCUCACUCUCAGCAUUUUUUGUUGACUGCUGCAAUCUCGGGCGACACCGCAGUCCUCGAAUACCUCCCGCUGGCAGAAGCUAAUCAGUACCUGGAUUACUUCAAUUUGAUGGCGUAUGACUUCAGUGGGGGCUGGUCAGAGCGGACUUCGUACCAGAGUAACCUGUACGAUGCUUCUUCACACAAAAAGCCAAGCACAGACAGCGGCGUCAGUGCCGACAAAACGGUUCAGUCCCUAAUACAUCAAUACAAAGUUCCCGCUAACAAAAUUGUGCUAGGCAUGCCAGCUUACGGUCGCGGGUUCAGAAAGGUUUCUAUUCGCAAUCAGAGUAACCACGUCGCUAUAAACAGGAAAUUUCAUGGCGUACAGGGAACGUCCAAAGGAGAGAAAGGCAUGUCUCUUUAUAAAUCACUGCCAGCAAAGGGCAAUCAAGAAUUUUUCGAUAGCGACGCAGUUUCUGCCUUCUGCAUGAAGCCAUGGUCCUCUAGAUCAUCCACCGAUCUUACAGUCUACGACAAUCCAGCAUCGAUGCUGAUAAAGGCUCAGUAUGUCAGACAGAAUGAGCUGGCAGGCGGAUUCUGGUGGGAUUCGUGCGGCGAAGACUACAUCAAUGCUGGGCGAUCGCUAACGAGAGCUUUCACUCAAGAGCUGAAGAAAAUUAAAAAGACGGACCCAACCAUCUACCGCCUGCCCCAAGUGGCCCGCUACUACAAGAUCAAAUAUGAUCAUGGAUUUUUGACACCAAUCUUUUCGGUUUAG